GACAAGUCAAAAAAAGAAGUAUUGUGUUGAUGUUCAUUCAGAUGGAAGGAAGCUUUUGUAGUUAGGAUUUGUCUUCUACUUACACUUCAGUCAGCCUUGCAGCUCAGUUCUCUGGCUUUCAAGAUAAAUGUAGCUAUGGCAGAUUGGUAUUUUUCUCGUGUGGAUAUCGAAGAUGGAAGCCCAUCUCGCGCUCAUGGACUUUCCAAAGAAGCUGAGCUGAAGCUGCGUCGUGAGGGAGCCCGUCUGAUCAUGGAAGCUGGUCACUCACUUCAGCUGUCAAUAGAAACAAUCGCCACCGGAGUUGUGUUGUAUCAUCGCUUCUACAUGUUCUGUUCCUUUACCGCGUUUCCACAUAGGGUUGUAGCGGCGGCGUGUUUGUUCUUGUCAGGCAAGAUUGAGGAAACACCAAAGAAGUGCCGUGACAUUUUGCGAACGUUGCACUCCCUUAUUCCAGAGGCCGAUUUCCAGUCCGGAUUUGGCUCAGAUCCCAAGGAAACCCUGCUGGUCCACGAGCGCAUCCUGCUGCAGACGGUCAAGUUUGAUUUGCAGAUCUCCAACCCUUACUCAUCACUGAUGAAGUUUGCCAAGGCGCUCAUCGGUGACCGGGUGAAGAUUCAGAAGGUGGUACAGAUGGCGUGGACUUUUGUGAAUGACAGCUUGUGCACCACUCUGUGUCUUCAGUGGGAGCCUCAUCUGGUGGCAGUCGCCGUAUUGGAAGUGGCCGCGCAAAUGCAUAAGUUUGACUUGCAAAUGCCAUCCGUAGAGGCUGGCAAGCCUUGGUGGUCUAAUUUCGUCCCUGGCGUCGAUGCUGAAAUCAUUCAAGAGGUUGGACGGCAAGUUCUUUCAUCCUACGAACCAGGUCAUCCCGUUCUGGCUAAGGCAGCCGCUCUUGGUGCUGGUUCGUCACCUAAUGUCUCCUUUGACACAAUGCAUCUGUCUGGACGUGGCAAGACGUAGUAGCGGGAUAAGUUCUAUUCAGCACUGCUGAUAGAUACUGUUAGUAGGACACAGGUCAGCACACGGCGCUUUGAUUAGUGUCCAGUCAGCUGACUAGUGCUACCUCUGCGUACACCAGUAGCUCCGUUGUGACACCUAAGCGGAGUGGUAUUUCACUGGCGUGUCUGUGGCUAGCUGUACGGUGCAACUGGCCAGCUGCUGUUUCUGUGCUGUGCACAAGUACCAGGGGCGUUGCGCCCACAGAUGGGAAACUGUUUGGUCAUUUCUCAGCUUUUCAGUUCUUAUUCCAAACUCCUGGAGGUGUUGAUUUCAAGCAACGCGGGUUUCCCCCGUUGCUGUUUCCUCUACCUGUUUUGACUGAGAACAUGCCCGAGUCGAGUCCCUGGUUAUAUGUGGUCACACGUGGUCCCCGCACUGGCAGCUGGAUACUGAAGCAACAUCAGUGCACUGCUCGGCGCUGCACAUCUACACUGAUAAGUGUGCAACUGUUGCAAUGUCUUUUCUCUGUGUGCGCGUCAGCUGUUGUAGACUUGGAACACACAUAGUUUUGGGGAUUUCCCCAGGCGUGGCAGCUGAUUUUAAUUCGUGGUCACUUCUAGCUGACAGGAACGUCCGCGUUUCCGUGGCGUGUAUCAGUGGAGGCUCUUGUCUAACAGCUCAUCGAGAUGUGCGCGCCUUAACGUGAGCUGCUGUUGCUCCGUUGUGCUGUCUUGUGCCGUGCUUACCGCCGGAUGUAUUCCCGUUCCCUGGAAGCCAGUUGAAAUCCAUAUGAUUUCCAUCUGUCUCCCUCAUGAAACAAACUGAUACGGUCAUACGAUAUCCUGUUCAUGAAAGAGAAAAGCUUUGAGUUGAAGAAGAAGAAGACCUACGCAUUCCACUAGUGCUGUACCUAGUUUUAGCACAAGCAAUCUCACCUCAUCUCCACUUACAUUUUAUUAUUUUACUUCAAUAGUACAUCUUAGGCAAGUUGUUAUUUAUUUCUAUUUUUAUUGUGGUGACUGUUUUUGCACACCACUAAUACCCUGAGUUGAUCAUCCCCCCCCCCUUUUUUUAGACCUGCUUCAAGCACCGUGUCAUGUUAACAGAAGCUGUGUAUCUUACAGUCGACAUACUGCGAUCAGUUCCACUGUUGGUCUGAUCAACGGCAGAACCUUUUUUGCUGCCGGAAACUUUUCCAGCGAGCUUGA